AUGGUGGAUCCCAAUUCAAAUUCACUGCAUAAUGCUGAGGAAGAAGACAGUGCAGAGCACCAACCAGAUGUCAAUGAGCCUAGACCUGAAAAUGUUGAACACGACCAGUCUCUUCCAGAACCUACUGAAGCACAGGAUAAUGAACUUCCCCAGCUCGUUUCAGCUCCAUCUGGUGAAGAUAAUGGUGUAGAAGUGUGCUGUAUAUGCCUUAUUGCAUUUAGUACUGAGAAGGAAAGUCUGCGUUUGCACUGCGGUCAUCGAUUCCACACUCAAUGCAUAUUGACGUGGCUAGCGGACCACGUCACCUGCCCUUACUGCCGUACUGAACUUUUUUAA